UUUAUUUAGCUUCCAGGAUCUAAACUAAUUGCCAAAAAGCAUAUACAAUAGUUAAUUUUGUCAAUCAUACUAAAUUUAUUUUCAUUUAUUCAGAUAUAUUUUAAUCACAUAAAUAUGACCUUUGUCUCUCUACUUUAUCUUUUUUUUCUUUAUUUUUUUUUUUCUCUUUUCAGUUUGAAAAAUAAAGCACUAAAAUUAGUAAAGGCAAACAAAGUAAUGAACAAAUAAGUAUUAAAAAUCUCAAAGUGUCUGCUGCUCCUUCCGCCGCUCCGCUCCGCCCUCCGCCGCCGUUCAAAAUGCCAAUAGAGCGCCCCCGCCUCAUCCUACUAACCCUCACACUCUCACUCUCGUCGGCGGUUCUCGUCGGCUGCCACUACUUCCCCUCCACCCCUUCCGCCGCUUCCCAGUCCGACUGGAAAUCCGCCCGGGCAACCUACUACGCCGCCGCGGACCCCAUCGACGCCGUCGGCGGCGCGUGCGGCUACGGUGACUUGUCCAGGAACGGGUACGGCAAGGCCACCGCCGGACUCAGCACCGUCCUCUUCGAGAAGGGCCAGAUCUGCGGCGCCUGCUUCGAAAUCCGCUGCGUGGAGGACCUCCGGUGGUGCAUCCCGGGAACCUCAAUCAUCGUCACCGCCACGAACUUCUGCGCCCCCAACUACGGAUUCGACGCCGACGGCGGCGGUCGGUGCAACCCGCCGAACUCGCACUUCGUCCUCCCAAUCGAGUCGUUCGAGAAGAUCGCCAUUUGGAAGGCGUCCAAUAUGCCGGUCCAGUACCGGAGGAUCAGGUGCAGGAAGGAGGGAGGGGUCCGGUUCAGCAUGGGCGGCGCCGGAAUAUUCCUGUCGGUGCUGAUUAGCAACGUCGCCGGCGCCGGAGACGUGGCGGCGGUGAAAAUCAAGGGCUCCGUAACGGGGUGGCUUCCGAUGGGGAGGAAUUGGGGGCAAAAUUGGCAUAUAAAUGCGGAUUUGAAGAACCAGCCGCUGUCGUUCGAGAUUACGAGCAGUGAUGGAAUCACACUUACUUCUUACAAUGUUGCCCCCAAGAAUUGGGAUUUCGGACAGUCUUUCGAAGGUAAGCAGUUCGAUUAAUUCCUACUGAGUUUUUUGUGCGAUAUUUUUUUUGAUGGGGAAGAAAGAGAGUGUUCUGUUCAGUUCAGUUCAAGUCUGGUAAUUUAUUGUAUAAUAGUAAUAUUGGAUGUUUUUGUAGUGUAUCUCUUAUUUUCAUUAUUCUAAUUGUCUAAAAUGUGUUGGGGGU